GGAAACUCCUGCCGACAAAGGAAUUACAUUACAUACAACAGUUAAUAACAACUAACUGAUUUCUAUCCAAUGAGUUUUACGCUGCUCAACCUUACAAUCCCGUUUUCUUCUGAGACUUAUCCUCAUCAUUCUAUACCAAACACCGGAAUCCGUUUCUAUUCCAGAAACCGCCAAUUCGGUUUUCUCAGAGACACGGAAGCGAGCAUUGCUGGGAAUUCCGAGCUUUUUUCAAGAACAAAACGAUGCCGUUUCGCUCCCAUGGCGACUUCCAUGGAGCUUCCACUCCUCCCCUUUAGCCCCAACGAGGUUCUUGUUCCCUCAGAAAGUAAAACCCUGCAUUUAUAUGAAGCAAGGUAUCUGGCUCUUCUGGAGGAGUCAUUAAUGAGAAGGUCGAAGCUUUUUGUGCAUUUUGUGUUGGAUCCUAUCAUAAUCGGCGAUUCAUCAUCUGAACCGUCAUUUGCAGCAAGAUAUGGUUGUCUGGUUUUCAUUGAAAGUGUUGAAAGAUUAGAAGUUGGAGCACUAGUUUCUAUAAGAGGAGUGGGUCGAACCAAGAUUGUGAAAUUCAUACAGGCAGAUCCUUACUUAAUUGGUGCAGUCGUACCAGAACAAGACAUGCUUUCUGAGGAUUUAAGCGGAUUGAGCUCAAAAAUCACAGAAGUCAAGGAGGCUCUUCAUAGUUUGAAUAGCUUAGAGAUCAAGUUGAAGGCACCAAAGGAGGCAUUGUUGCAGACUCAUACUGCGAACUCUCUGGCAUGGACUGAGAAAGAACCAUCAUUAGAUUGUGAUUCAGCUUUCAUUCCGUCCUUGUCUGAGCGCGUGUCAUUUGCAGGUUUUCAACCUGUGUCAGGAUCGACUGAAUCGGAACUUAUGAAUCUGCAAAGUAAGAAGUUAAGGGCAAUGGAGCUUAAAGACACACUUCAAAGGCUAGAUGAAUCGCUAGAGUUAAAUAGAGAAAAUAUAUCCAUGGUUGCAGCCAAACUGGCCAUACAAUCAUUAGAGAUGCAGUGAAAAGUAGGAUUUUGUAGUAGGUCGGGUGUUUGUUAUGAGGAUUCGUGCCAUGAUUCGAAUCAUAAUUCGUGACUCGCUACAGUGUUUUCUCUCGCAAAAAACACACGUAAACCGAGAAUGGUUUUGAAUUCAUGAACCAAACGUCCACUAGUGAUUCCUCAAUUGGGGCUCAUAGAAUGAAAGAAAGAAAAAUUAUUUCCAUUCAUUUUGGCAGCCAUUCGGAGACUUUUGCAUUGUAAUUGUUUUGUAUAUGUUUUUAACGGAUCGCCCCUUUUUAGUUUUUUGCCAAC